AUGGGCCAGCAUGUUAAGUGUCGUCAGAAAAUGAAAGCCCCCGACUCUUUCCGGAACCCUGGCUUCUGGUGCGACUUCCAUCGAGACCACGGUCACAAAACGGAGGACUGCGUCGCACUAAAGAUCGAGGUCAACGAGCUGCUUAGGAAAGGGCACCUCAAGGAGUUCCUUUCUGAGAAGGCCAAAAGCCAUCUAAGCAAGGAGACAACGGGUAAGCCCACUGAAGCUGCUACCGUCUCGCCACCGCGACAGGACCGAGUGAAACAUGUCAUUUCCAGUUGUUCGGUUAUCAGUGGCAUAAGCCAUGCAGCUGCGAAGAAAAGCACCUGGAACGCCAAGCACGGCCUAGAGGCAGCCAUGCCAAAACGCUUGCUCCUAGGAACAUACGAGAUAAGCUUCAUGGCCAAGGAGCAGGAGAGAGUUCUCACUCCGCAUCACGACGCCCUGGUUAUUUCGCUCACUGUAGCGAACUGCCUGUUAAAAAGGAUACUGGUAGAUAAUGGAAGCUCCGGCAACAUCAUCUUCCAGGCCGCAUACAAGGAUCUGGGGCUGGAGGAAGGCGCUCUAACUCAGAGGAUUAUCCCCCUUAUAGGGUUCAGCGGGGAAGUCAAGCAAACCACUGCAGAGGUAACCGUACCCGUAUACGCCGAAGGAAUCAACAUGUCAACCAAGUUCCUCGUGGUUGAUUACGAUUCGUCUUACAACAUGAUCCUAGGACAGCCCUGGAUCCACGAAAUGGGGGCCGUCCUCUCGACUCUUCACCAAAUGGUGAAAUUCCCAACACCCUGGGGCAUAAAGGCGAUCAGAGGGGAUCAGGAAUAUUACCGCUCUUGCUAUCAUACCACUCUGAAGGGAAAGACCAAGGUCUUAUAG